GGAGUAUACCGGAGUAUUCGUGCUGGGUACGACAGAUCAAGUGUGGCCUCCGUGCGCUUUGGACCUGCACACUGCCGCUCCGCGGAGAAAGGACAUACCCGUGCCUCUUGCGACACCGACGGCUCCGCACGACAACCAUGAGGAUCAUACCCCUGAUAGUAUUGUUGGCAUGUUUAGCGUGGCCGGCGAACGCGCGCGCGCAGGACGAAGGUGAAGCACGAUUGGCGCCGUCCCGCGGGUUGCUCAAGCGUGGCCUGCUGGCUAAAGGCAAGGCUACCACCACAACAACACCUGCACCACUGGAAGAAACGGAGUAUGAAGACGAAGCGGACUACGUCGAUGAGGCACAAGAACCAUCAACAGAGGCGCCGUCCUCUUCCACAGAGGGCAAGAAGCUGGUCGCAGGCGGAGUUAGGCCAUUCCGCAGUAACGCUGAUCUACUGGAAGCUCUUAAAAGACGACGGGCGCAGGCAGCUGAAGCCAAAUUGCACGGCCAGUCACAGGUAGCAGCCGCAGCGCCUGCGCAAGACGCUCCUGUUGAACCCACUCCCGUCAAAUCUAGUUACAGUAAAAAGCGGUUCAAUACUCCAGCAAAGGAGAGCAAAACCGAAGAGGCGGCCGGACCUGUGAAACCUGGUAGAGGCCGAUUUGGACGGCCAUCAUCGAGAGCUGUGCAGGAGGAGUCUGAAGAGCAGAAUGAGUCAGCCCCAGCUCCAAUUAGGACCGGCAGGACGUUCCGACGUGGGAACUAAGUUCCUUCAACACGCGCCAUAGCUCGCCUCUUCCAUUACAUAUCUGACAUCACAUACAAACGUAUCUACUUAUUUCGAGAUUAAGGCUGGAAAGAGUUAUAUUAUUUUCAUAGUUUUACAAAGAUGCACUGACAAAUUAGCAGAUGAGAUAAAUACACUGGAAAGUGAAUCAAUGAAGUAUCUUUUAGAC